CGGUCGCAUCCCAAUGAAAAAGACGAGCGGAAUGGUGCCACCUAUCGUUAGUAAACUCCUCCCACCUCUCACAGAUCUCCUCCUCCUCGCCUGAACCCGCCACUUCGGCCCCGAACCCUAACCCUGCGCGCUCCCGUAGGAUCCAACCGGCCAUCAAGCGGUGGCGCCAUCGUAGAUGCGUAGCUCUAUAGCGACCUAUCGGGAGAGCCUCUCCCGGCUCGCUGGCGAGGUCGACGACGCCACGGCAGACGAGAUCCCCGCGCCGUGGCCAUCUCGGCGCGGAGACCACGCCCCUACGCCUCCGUCGUCCGGGCGGCGGAGGCGGUACACCCGCCCGGACCCCGCCGAGCCGGACGAGAUUUCUAAACUCAAGGAAGAUAUUGAAAAAAUUCAAGCUUCUGAGGCUGAAAUAAAGGCAUUGUCCUUCAAUUAUGCUGCCAUGUUGAAGGAAAAGGAGGAGCAACUGGUAAAACUUCGUGAAGAAAAUGGCUCAUUGAGAAGAAGUAUGGAGAGCUCUAACUAUAAGGCAGUCUCAGGCAAUUCUAAUGGUACUUUGCAAAGAUCACCUAGCAGAAUGCAAAGGAACACAGAUCAAGAAAAAACAUCGAGUGUCUUAAAACAGAAUGGGUAUGGUGGUGGUGCUUCACAGGUUAUACAGAAAAAUGGUCCGCACCCAUUGCCAGUGCAUUAUAAGGGAGAUGCACUGGUGGAAGAAAGAGCAUAUUUUGCUUCUAAACAGGCUAGUCUUGAAAAUGAAAUUAAACAAUUGAAACAGCAACUAAGGUGCUAUUCAAACAAAGAAGAUGAUACAACACGGAGGUUAGAAGAUGAAAACAAGAGGAACGAAUUUCUUCAGCAGCAGCUAAAUGAACUGAAGGUCGAUAAGGAGAUGGUAGCAACUACCAUGGAAGAGUUACAUAAGGAAUUAAGUGAGAAGAAAGCAGAGUUGAGAUGCCUGCAAGAUGAGUUGAGUACAAGGGACAAUGAGCGUGCAUCAGAUGGAUCUCUUCAGAGCCUUCGAAGUAUGGUGAUGGCUCUACAGAAGGAGAAUUCAGAUUUGAAGAUAGCGAAGGGCAGCCUUUACGAAGAGCUUGUUAAUAUGGAAAGCACAACACAAAAAGUUGACAAUAGUACUUCUGAUGUUGACAAUUUUUCUGAUGUGGAGAAGGUCAAGGACGAGAUGGCUUCAUUGAAGAAAGCUUUACAGGGUGCUUUUCACGAGCGAGACAGAGCAUUACAAAAUUUGUCUCGGCUGAAGCAGCAUUUGUUAGAUAAGGACCUUGAAGACCAAGAAAAGAUGGAUGAAGAUAGCAAAGUCAUUGAAGAGUUGCGGGCAAUCUGUGAGCAGCAAAGAGCUCAUAUAGUGCAGUUAGAGAGGGCAUUAAAGGUUGAGAUGACAAAGCAGGAGGAGAGUAAGAAGACCAUAAAUGAUGAACGCUCGAGGUCAAAUGAACAGAUAGAAGAUCUGCAAUACAAGCUUGCAAACUGUAUGAAUGCACUUGAAUCAAAAGAUCAGGAACUGCUUAAUCUGCAGAGUGCCCUUGGACAGUACUAUGCCGAGAGUGAAGCAAAGGAGCGACUUGGGGAUGAUUUAGCUAUGGCUAGAGAAGCAUUGGCUAAAUUAUCUGAGUCACUGAAGGUGGCAAAUCAAGGAAUUGAAAUUUCAAGAAGGGAAAAGGACGAGGUAGUUGCCAAACUUUCUCAAGCCGAGAAGAUGUUAGCGGAUGGGAAGCGCUCCCUGCAGAAGCUUGAGGAUGACAAUUCAAGAUUAAGGCAUGCGCUAGAACAAAGCAUGACAACAGUCAAUAGGAUGUCACUUGAUUCAGAUAACUCUGUUGACAGACGAAUUGUGAUCAAACUACUAGUUACAUACUUCCAACGGAAUCACAGCAAAGAGGUAUUGGAUCUUAUGGUUCGCAUGCUUGGCUUCUCCGAGGAGGACAAGCAAAGAAUUGGUUCUGCACAGAGCAAUGUUGGUAAGGUUGUUGUCCGCGGUGUUUUGGGUCUUCCUGGGCGUCUAGUUGGAGGACUUGUUGGUGGAAAUUCAGCAGGAAAAUCUACACAUGCACCCCAGGAUAACCAGUCCUUUGCAGAUCUCUGGGUGGACUUUCUACUCAAGGAGACAGAAGAACGGGAGAAACAAAAAGCUUCGGAAGCCGCUGCAAGGCUUUCACACGAAGAGAACCAAACUACCAGUAGGAGUGCAUCAAAUUUACAAGCGUCACAGCACAUUGCAAAUCCUGGCCUUUCCACAAAGCCACAUCAGUUUGAUCGCCCAGAUUCCGAUGAAUUCCGUAUGGUUCCACUUGCGCCCAUGUAUACAUCCAUGCAGACGCCAUUAAAAUGAUCUGAACCAAGUAUAUAGUGCUGGAUGACUUAUUUUCCUUUUGAGGCUUACCUGACCUUGAGCUAUUCAUUUCAUUUGUUGACAAUGUGGUAAUUUUAGUCCAUUCAAAGUUUUUAUUCUCUCUCCCCUCCUGGUGGCAUCUAAGGAAAUAUGUAAAUGGACCCUGUCAGUCAACAGAAGGAACAAUUCACUAUACAAUGUAUGUAGCUUGCUGUCUCUA